AUGAAGCUCUCCUUCAGAGAUCUCAAGCAGCAAAAGUUUACGGUUGACGCCGAGCCAACAGACACAAUUGCGCAGGUAAAAGAGAAGAUUGCCGCAGAGAAAGGAUGGGAAUCCUCGCAGCAGAAACUCAUCUACGCUGGUAAGGUCCUCGCCGAUGCCAACACCGUUGAAUCAUACAAAAUUGAGGAGAAGGGUUUCAUUGUUUGCAUGAUAUCAAAGCCAAAGGCUCCUCCUGCGGCCAAGUCUGGCAGUCCCUCUACACCUGCUCCAUCCAGCUCUACGUCCACCUCCACACCCGCUGCUCCAGUUGCUCCCCAGCCCAUCCAAUCUACGACCACCUCAAAUCAGCCGCCCUCGACUCCCACGCCUGCUCAAACCACACCCGCCGCGGCUCCGGCCGCCGGGCCUGGCUUUAAUGACCCCUCGGCUUUCCUGAUUGGCAACCGCAACGAAGCAACCAUCCGCGAGAUGGAGGCUAUGGGAUUCGCAAGACCCGAAAUAGACCGCGCCCUGCGGGCAGCUUUCUUCAACCCAGACCGAGCCAUCGAGUAUCUCUUGACUGGUAUUCCCGACAAUAUCCAGGCAGAGCAAAGACAAGUAACUCCGGCGGCUAGUACUCCAGCAAAUCCGGCAUCUCCACCAGCACCUCAGCCCGCCCAAACUGCUGGAAGCCCGCCAGCUGCUGGAGAUGAGCCCAUCAACCUGUUCGAAGCGGCGGCACAAGCCGGCCGCCCAAGUGCGGGAAGAAGGGCUGCCGCAGGAGGUCAGCAGGGAGCGUCGACUAAUAUGGACUUCUUGCGAAACAGCCCGCACUUCCAGCAACUCAGGCAAUUCGUCCAGCAGCAGCCGGCGAUGCUGGAACCUAUCCUACAGCAACUAGCCGAGGGCAAUCCAGAGCUUGCCCAGAUGAUUGGUUCAAAUCAGGAUCAAUUCCUUCAGCUACUGGCAGAGGAUACUCAAGAUGCUCCCCCUCCUGGUGCGACCCAUAUUCAAGUGACUGAGGAGGAGCGGGACGCCAUCGAACGACUCUGCCGACUCGGCUUCCCCCGUGACCAAGUCAUCCAGGCAUACUUCGCAUGCGACAAGAACGAGGAACUGGCGGCGAACUUCCUCUUUGAGCAGCCCGAUGACGAAGAGCAGUGA